AUGGGCAAGUCAACGAAGAGCGCGGACAAGAGACCCACCCAGCAGCUCACGCUGGGUGGCUUCUUCCAGCCCAACCCCCCCCCUCCUUCCAUCGCCACCCCAUCAGCUUCCCCAUCCCCUCCUCCUGCCUCUCACCCUCCUCCCCGCCUCCCCCCUACCACAUCGCGCGCGGCUGCGGCCGCUGCCAGGAACUCCUCGGCGGCGUCCUACAGGGCGCAACAACACACGGCGGCGUCAAACGCCAACCCCAACCCGGCGACGCUGUCGUAG